AUGGGCGAGGGAAAACUUGGCCCGACGAAAAGGUGCGCCUCCCCGCCGUUUGGCUCGGCCGCCGGAGCGAAUUGGUCCUCAGACUUGCCAAACAGACCCUCCGCGGGCGGCAAACCUGUCAGCCCGUGCGAAGAUUCCCUCCCAGUCGGCGCGUGUGCUGCCGGGGGGUCCGCAGCGCCGACCGCCUCCUCGCCUCUGGUUCCCGACAACCUUCUCCACGCUCUGAAAAUGAUCAGUCAAAAGCAUCAUUUGGCCGCAAACGUUGGAGGGCACAGUCCGUCUCUGUCGCCGCGGACGGCUCCACGAGAAGGAGUGCCCGGGAAACCGCGCGGAAGGGAGUGGGAAGACCGGGGACACUCCGGAGAAGAUGGAUCUGCCUCGACAGGCCCUCACGGGCUCGCCGCGCUGCAAAGAGGCUCGAGUGGAAUCCAGGCUCUGUUCGCGUCGAACGCUGCCUCUGGAGUCCCUCGGCGAAGUCCGCGCGGCGCAGCCUGGCUCAGCUCGCCAGAUCCCGGCCCGUGGCUCGACGACCUCAUGGCGCCUUUCCUCUGCGACAGUCGCGUUCGGCGGUUCAUCCUCCAAACGAAGACUCUGGCAGAGCAGAACGAACCUGAGAAACUCGGCGCGCUUUUUGAACGCGCCCUCCAAGCCUACCACGUGACAUCUGCGCCCGCCGUUUCUUCGGACCUCUCGGCUGGUCUCGAUCUCUCCUCUCCUCCGUGUGCGGCCGCCGCAACGCCCUCGACGUUCGCAUCCAGUCUGCCUUGCCCGGCUGUCUCCCCUGUUACCGCCGCGCCGUCUCUCUCAGCUUUCCCGGGUAUUUCAGGCGAUACGGGGGAAAGAGUCUCUUCCCCAGCCUACCUUCGGCGUCCCCUCGACACCGUUCCAAAUCCAAAGCGCUCUGGCGCUGCGUCCUCUCUGGCCGAACAGGGAAAGCGCGGCGGCAGCCCCGACUCUCUCCCCACACUCGCGUCCUCCAAGGAGACAGGUGUCUCCGGCCCCAUGGGCCUCACGUCGGGUGGCGACCCCGCCGGGGUGUCUUCUCGGGGGUUGUCCCGAGGAGACGGAGACGCGGAGGCGCUCUCUCGCUCUUCUCAGUGUGCAGGAGCUGGCUCGGCAGUCCCAGCGGAAGAAGGGGUUUCGGUUCUGGAUCCUGAGGGGAAGAGGCGGAGGGGGACGAGCACGCAGGACGAGGGGUGUCCGAGAGAGAGAGAACAGACGUUUCCGGGAGAGACGGAGCGCGAGGCGCUUCCGACUCGAGAAACGCGUGAACUUGGAAGUUCUGGUGAGAGUUCAGACGCCUUUCCCGACAACGAAGAACGCCCUCGUGCUUCCCAAGAAGUGGAGGAAAACGCUUUCCAAGCAAAGAGGACGAAAGACCAGACCGCUCGAACUGUCCUCGACGAUCGAGACGGAAAGGGCGACGUCGAGGGCCCUCCCCUCAGAGACGAGGCCGCCAGCGAUGGUCGGCGAGCCCAGCACGAGGAAAACGAAACAAAAGAUGGAGACGGCGACAUGGCAGGCACAGCGACAUCGGCGACACGGAGCAAACGGAAGUGCAGUGCAAGCGGCGUGAAAGAAGCAGAGGCGCCACCCGCGAAAGAGCGCGCCUCGGAGACACCGGAAAGCGACGCGCCUCUGAGCCUCCUCGAUCACAUCAUUCACCAACAUAAAAUACGGAGCGUGAAGCCCGCCCCCAAAGUGACGGGAGAGGCCCUCGAGGCGCUGCAACGCGUUUUCUCGCGACACCCCGACGGAAUUUCGGAUCCGAACGUCUUUGCGGACGAAAUCGUCGUGCCCCUCCUUGGCCUCGGCGAGUAUAUGAGCGGACGUCUCUUCCGAAUGGUUGACUCGCACGAGACAGGAACCGUUUCCUUGCCGAUGAUGAAGGAGUUCUGGGCAAAUCGGCUCGUCCUCGCUUCGGAAGACGCCACCACCGUGGACGAAGGAUUCCCGUCCUCCAAGCUGCCAGUCUACCUCAUGCCCACAUGCGCCUCUCCUCAGAGCGACGAAGAGGGGAGCGCGCCGUCAGCGUGUCUGAACGACGAGGUUGUACCGCACGUGGUCAAGCGAGGAAGUGCCCGCAACUUCUUCAACGUUGUGAAAUCGGCCGGCGCAGAUUCCAUCUCCGCCGACGACUUGAGGCCUUGGGUCGAAGAAGUUCUUCGACAGGCUCCGGACAUGGCGUUCUUGAACGAACCGUCGGCAUCCGAAUUUGCUGCGCGAUACGUGGACUCCGUCAUCACCCGCAUCAUGUUCGAGGUCGACACGGAAGACGCAGGGAACAUUUCGCUCAAGGCUCUGAAGCACAGCUGUUUGCCGCACGUCUGGUACACCAUUCGUCCUGGAGUGGAGCUAAGUGUGGUCCGGCGAUUUUUCAGCUACGAGCAUUUUUAUGUCUUCUAUUGCACCUUUCAUGCUCUUGACGAGGACGAGGACUUCCUCCUGGAUCGCUCUGACGUCCGCCGACAUGACACACACAACAUGAACAUCGAGGUCGAGGAGAGGCUUUUCCUUCAAGUCGCACGGACCUUUCGGUCGCCGAAAGCAGGCUACAUGUGCUUUGAAGACUGGAUCUGGUUUCUGUUGGUCUAUUACGAUGUCACGUCGGAGCGGGCGAUUCAGUUCUGGUUCAAAAUCUUCGACAUCGACGGCGACGGAGUCCUCCGGGACCACGAGAUCGAGGUUUUCUUCAAUGCCCAGGUCGACCGGUUCCGCAUGCGAGACGACAAGCUUCCGACGUAUCGAGACUUCAUCUGCCCGAUGUGCGACGCUCUGUGUGUGCCCUAUUCUUCGGGGCUUCGCUGCCGAGACCUCCUCCGAGAUCCAGUCUGUGGAGGCUGCUUCAUCAACUGCCUCCUGAAGCGCGCAGCCUUCCAGGCGAUGGACGACGGAGAGACGAUCUCCAAUAUCGUGAGAGGAAGUCCCUGGGAUCGUCAGCUCAUUGAACUCACACCGUUUGAGGUCUUCGCCAAUCAGCAGUAUCAAGAGCUCACAGCGCGAAAGGGCGAGGAGUGCUUCAUAGAAGAAAGCUCGAGCUUCCUGGAUGAAAGCGUGAGUUUGGAAAAAUAG